AUGGUCAUGGAUGAUGUUUUGCAUGGAUUCUCUCCUGUUUCAACUCCUAAGAUUUCUUGGAAAUCUAGAAGAAGAUCAGCUAGCAGGAGGGAUUUAGAGGUAUCAUCUGAAGAUAAUGCUACAACGCCACCCGGAAAGCCAGAAGAUCCAUCUCCUAAUGUGGAGAUGCUUGACACAACUGAUGUUUCUGAGCUUUCCGAACGUCGAAAGGCCUUGUUUGAACCAUUAGAACCUAUAAAGAACAUCAAUGGCCGACGACCCUCUGCUGAGUCUUUGCUUCCUCCCCCUGACUUUGAGUCCGCAAACUAUCCAAAGGGGUGGCUGAUCGGAAAGAAACGAAAGCUUGUCAAUGUUGAUGUUGUUGAAAAGAUGCGCAGAAUCGCCGUCCAAGAAAUGAACAGAAAGGACAGAGAAAUAGAUGGACUAAACGAACAACUAGAGGAGGAUUCGCGAUGUCUUGAACAUUUGCAAGUGCAACUCGUGGAUGAACGAAGCAAACGCUCUCGCCUCGAAAGAGAAAACAAUAUGCUUCAAGAACAAGUGAACAUGCUUAUGAACAUGAUACAAGAAACUGAGCAAAUGGCAGAUGAAGGGCAAGAAAUGGGAGGUGAAGGCCAAGAUGAACCUUGA